AUGGCGCCUAUUCCCCCUCCCAAGAUAAGUCGAGUCAACUCCAUGGACGUCGAGUUCUUCCGGCUGGAUACGACUGUGGAAGAAAUCAGGAACCUGUCCGGCCGAAGGUGCACUCUCUGGACCGUCAUCCAAGACCAGCUGAUGAACAUUGAAUCAGAGGCAAAGACUCAAGAGAAACAAAGUAUAAAUACUUGCGAGUUGAACAGAAGCCGUGAACACUGGACAGCAGCGGAUGAGGAAGAACUUGCUGCUUCUGUCGACGCGUCUGAAGCGAACGAGUAUCCGCGCUUGCGGAAACGCCUUCGUUGGGAUCAUGGCGAAGUUGCUGGUGACAAGGAAGAACUUCCUGAAGUUCGGAAGAACUUUGUCCGGGUUACCAUGGGAUAUUCUGCUAUCAACGAUUUUAAGGACAGAAACGUUAUGGUGUAUGUUGGAAUCUUAGUUCCCAAAAGAUUGGGCCGGGAUGCGAGUUCCGAUCCCGGAGAAAUCGGACUGACGCAAUAUUCGACGAGAUUUCUCGCUCUUUCCCUUCCAGAUUUCAUGCCUUCCAUGGUUAUCGAUGUAUCGGACCCUGGUCAAAUUCGACUGUUUCGGGUGCCUGAGAACACGAGAGAACGCUACAUCGCAUUAUCCUACUGCUGGGGAGGUGUCUCUCAAGCUAUCAUGUUGAGAACUGGCAAUAUGUCUAAUUUGACCUCUUCGAUCGACUUGCAAAAUCUAGAUCCAACUAUUAGGGACAGCAUAAUGGUUACCAGGGAGCUGGGAUUCAAAUUUCUAUGGGUCGACGCACUAUGUAUCAUCCAAGAUGAUUACGACGACAAACUGAAAGAACUGAGAAAAAUGGGCGAUAUCUAUCGCAACGCAACCUUUACAAUCGUUGCUUCCGCAGCGAAGGAUGUCAAGGAAGGGUUCCUCGGGAAGCGGGCUCCGACUUGCGAAACAGCUAGAGACCCAGAUGGGCAAGUCCAACCGGUAUUUGAAGUCCAGGCCGAAGUUGAUGAACCCAAGGGGCACGAGCAGCAAACGAUGAUACUCAUACCGGACAAGCUGGAUGAAAUGGAGCCCUGGUACGAGAGGGCGUGGACCCUCCAAGAACUGCUCUUUUCCAGACGCCGACUCCAGUACCGCGCCCGGCAGACGACGUGGAUAUGCCAUUGCUCCGAGUCAUUGGUUGAAGACUGCGAUGGCUGGAUCGGGGGCAUGGGAAACACCUACCUCAAUUACUCUGAUCAAUACCUCUUCCGAGGGCUUAUGGCCUUGUUGCGCGGUGGCGAAAGCGCUCCCCCAAAGACUGAGAUUCUGUCGCAUUGGUACGACCUCGUGGAAGUGUACUCUGGACGAAAGCUGUCCCAUCGAGCCGACCGCUUCCCUGCGAUAUCGGGCAUAGCGAGAGAAUUUGCGGCUCUGUUGGAAGAUGAUUACAUGAGUGGCUUCUGGAGGUCUGACUUGGCGAGGGGACUGAUGUGGUUCCCUACAUUAAUGGAAGGUGACGUUGUGUUCGGCCACAAGUCUGGGCCCUCGUGGAGUUGGGCGUCUUUCGAAGGUCGAGCGAGCUGGAUGCAGCAAAGACAUACCCACUGGCGCCAAAAUCAAGACUUUGAGAUAUUAGGCGACGACAUUCAGCCUGUGUCGGAGGUCGAGCCGUUUGGCGAGGUCAAGGUUGCGGAGCUUCGUAUUCGGGGCUUGGUUAAGAGCAUUUCCAUGCCUUCGGCAGAUGAGAACGGAUUCAUACAAAGCGAGGUGGGAGACCAGAUCGUAGCGGUUGGGUUCGACUAUCCCAACGAUGACAGGCUCCAACUGGACUACGCACUGACCCUUGAACUGCUGGUGGUUGUGGACUCUGGCGAUUUUGGUGUAGAUGGUCUUGUGCUCAUGGAGGAAGGGGAGAAUCGUUACUCUCGCGUUGGCUUGUUUGAGAUGGAUAGCAUUUGGCCGGUGAAAUCUUCAAACCGAUGGGAGGAGGAACAAACUCGCGGGAAGAAUUCACCAAAGGAGCACCAGGCACGGUUGAGAAGUCUCUGGGGCGAAGGAAGUAUCAGGGAGAUCGUCCUCAUCUAA